ACAUUCGUGUAUCAAGUUGGCCAGACAUUUUCGCUGACUAUAAAUAGGCAGAUUGGCUGUGGAGAAGGUACUAGUGUUCUCACAACUUCGGUCCCAGCAACAUGAAAUUCUUCGCUGUCCUCUCGCUCGCCCUUCUGGCUGUGGCCUCCGCCGAUGUCAGCCACCUGACCAACAGCUACCUGCCUCCCCACUCGGCCGCUGCAUCCACCAGCUACGAGUCCUACCAGGCCGCUCCCGCCGAGGCUGCCGCUGCCGAGACCUACGAGAGCGAGUCCUACUCCGCCCCAGCUGCCUCCUUCACCAGCGAAUCCUAUGCCGCUCCAGCUGCCGCCGAGGCCGCCGUUGAGACCGCCGCCGAGGAGACCUACGAGCAGCCCGCUGCCAGCUAUGUGGCUCCAGUGGCGACCAAGACCACCUACUCCGCCCCCGCCGUCUCCUCGUACGCCACCUACUCCGCUCCCGCUGUGGUGGCCAAGACCUACUCUGCUCCCGCCGCGUCCGGAUACUCUCAGACCUACGCCGCUCCCGCUGUUGUGAAGACCUACUCCGCCCCGGCUGUGUCCACCUACACCGCCCCAGUGGUGGCCAAGACCUACACCGCUCCCGCCGUGGUCAAAACCUACACCGCUCCCGUUGUGGCCAAGACCUACGUUGCUCCUGCUGUGUCCACCUACACCGCUCCCGCUGUGGCCAAGACCUACGCCGCUCCUGCUGUGUCCACCUACACCGCUCCCGUUGUGGCCAAGACCUACGUUGCUCCUGCUGUGUCCACCUACACCGCUCCCGCUGUGGCCAAGACCUACGUUGCUCCUGCUGUGUCCACCUACACCGCUCCCGCUGUGGCCAAGACCUACGCCGCUCCUGCUGUGUCCACCUACACCGCUCCCGUUGUGGCCAAGACCUACGUUGCUCCUGCUGUGUCCACCUACACCGCUCCCGCUGUGGCCAAGACCUACGCCGCUCCUGCUGUGUCCACCUACACCGCUCCCGCCGUGGUCAAGACCUACGUUGCUCCUGCUGUGUCCACCUACACCGCUCCCGCUGUGGCCAAGACCUACGCCGCUCCUGCUGUGUCCACCUACACCGCUCCCGCCGUGGUCAAGACCUACGUUGCUCCUGCUGUGUCCACCUACACCGCUCCCGCUGUGGCCAAGACCUACGUUGCUCCUGCUGUGUCCACCUACACCGCUCCCGCUGUGGCCAAGACCUACGCCGCUCCUGCUGUGUCCACCUACACCGCUCCCGUUGUGGCCAAGACCUACGUUGCUCCUGCUGUGUCCACCUACACCGCUCCUGUGGUGAGCAAGACCUACUCCGCCCCAGCUGUGUCCACCUACACCGCUCCCGCUGUGGUGUCCAAGGCCUACGCCGCUCCGGCUGUGUCCAGCUACUCUGCUCCCGCCGUGGUCAGCAGCUACUCCGGAUCCUCCGGCACCGUGUACGGCAACAACGGCGGAUACGUCUACUAAAGACUGCAUCCCAAAACGAAGCUAAUCAUACGACCAGAAACUUUUUUUUUCUUACAAUAAAUCGAAUAUUCUUAAAACA